UAUUCUGGACGUAAAAGGGUACAAGAAACACACACUAUCCCAAAGUGGUAUUAAGCACACUAAAGAGAAAAAGUUUUUUAGCUGUGUUAGUACAUUACCCUUCCAGAAUACAAAAAAAGAAGAUUCCCUCAGACCGCGAAAGGACGCUUGGUAAGUCAGAAAAAAAAAAAACGCAAAACAAAGGAAAAAGGAAUGAAAAAAAAAGAGCGAAAGGCUUGUAGCGACUCCGCCUUGAAGUUUGCGCAUCGGCCUGCCGUGACAUCAUGAAUUUCUACCCCGUCUGCUCGGGCCUAAGUAAACAUUUAUCGGUGAACUUGAACUGCAUUGUAUUUUAUAAGAGCCAAAUACUGUAUUUAGGAAUGUUCGAGAACAUUUAGCGAGGAGCCAGCGACCCAAGUGCAAAAAAAGAAAAAGAAAAUUAAAUGCGUGACAUCACACUGCAGUAUCAACCCUUAGGUCACCGCGCGAAAUUUGAAAAAAAAAAAAAAAAAUAUUGAACUUUCACCUUCGCUUCUUCUAGUAAUCAAUCUAUGAGCACGAAAUCAACGAAAAUAUAGUUCUUUAAGAAUGUCCUGUCAAGAUACACCGAUUUAUCGUUUCUCUUUUUGAUGUCCGUUUAAGCCGCAUUCAUCGAGAAAUGCCAUCUCUGUGCGAGGUUUGAGCGCUAACGAGCCCGCGGUUUAGACUGAAGAGUCAUUUACACCUGGCGCCCCUGUUUACGCAAUAUUUCAUAUAUAAGUUUACCGUACCGCCACUGCUUGCAGAAGGCCCGUUCGUGGCCGAAUCGCCAGCUGCGAAACAAGGAGUCCCAGAGGCCGUGACGGCGGCGGAGCAGCACAGGGAAGAGUAUUCGGAAGGAGGCGCUACUGCUUCGACUGUACAGAUGUUACCUGUCCUGUCUUACCUGUGCUUUCCCGUGGUGACGUACCAGCCGUGUACUGUUCAAGUGCCGUCGGCAACCGAGUUCCCGCCGGAUUCGCUACCUUACGACGGGUUGACGGGGACGCAGGAGCAGCCGAAAGAGGACCACUGGGAAGAAGUACGCCCGUCGGCGACGUACUUUUCGUCGGCAUCGGACGGCUGCAACAACGUCACGACGAACGAGGAGGACUGGUGGAAAGAAGAGAGCUUAGAACAACUUGGUCAGUGGACGACGGACUUUACUCUGGCGUCGCAACUGUACCACGAGUCGCUACUACCGGAGGAUCGGGAAAAAGAAGAGGAUUGGGAGAAGCAGUGCCAACCGCUGUCGGACUUUACGCUGAGUUCGCAGGCGUACAGUGAGGCGAUGGUUCCCGAGGUACAAGACGACGAGUGGAAACAAGACUUCCCGGUUCAAUCUUUAGCGGCCACGUCAACCCCCUUCGGCGUGAUGACGUCAGAGUGGCAGGGAGGAGACGAAGAUUGGGAACCAGAGUGCACUUCGAUAUUGGCCAUCGGGUCCUCACUGCCGACUGACGGCUACUACGGUGGAGCGGUGACGGAUGUGCCGACAAGUGAGGAGGAGGACUGGUAUCAAGGACGCCCUUUGGCGACUGAGUUUACGGCGACAGCGGAGAAGUUUGACGGGACAGCGACGUCUGUGGAGUUCACGGAAGAAGAAAAUUGGGAAACAGAAAUAGUACCCGGACAGCCAGGUUACGUGCCGCAGGUGUCAACCUUCUUCCAGCGUAUGCGUCACAGGUCCCACCGACAGAGGCGACGCCUCUACCGGGAGCAGGCGGCGCAGUACCGGCUGCAGGAGGAAGACCGCACGAAGCCAGGCGGUGACGACGCAGCUAUGCAGGCCAGCGGACAUCGCCCUUCGGACGGUAGCGGUCCCUCCAGCGAGGGAUUGCCUCCACCGGGACCCCCCUGUGCAUCCCGUGCCUGUCGAGACGAGCUGCAGGGCCGUGGCAGCCAGGCGAACCCGGCUGCAGCGAACCGCAUGGAACGGCGCACCAUGGCCGAUGUCGUGCGGUCGCCGGCGCCCCAACCGGCCCAGUCGUCGUCGUCGUCGUCCCAGCCGCCGGCCACUGUCCAGGCGUCUUACCGAGCCGCGGCGGGUGAUCAAGCCGGUGUCCAGGUGGCGCCCGAAGACGGGACCUGGCAGGUGGCAACAUUCCUGCAGGCCGCGUGGACCGUAGUCGCCGGCAGCGAUGGCUGCCUCUUCUAUGAGUCGAAGCGAAAGACCGGAGGCCCAGGGGCAUGAGGAGCGAGACGUGGUUAUCAGCAACGACCUCCAAAGCGCCCGGAGUGAUUGUUCUUUCUAGGGUUUUUUUUUUCUUCUUCAAACUUUUGUGUUCAAGAAGAGCUUUGUGGUACAUGAGUGCGAGGUCCAUUCCACCGGCCGACACUCUCGCGGAACAAUACUCAUGUAAUGAAUUCACUGUGCCUUGAUUCCUGGUGCUUCCUUUCUUGGUGAAGACUUAACCUUUGUAGUCAUUAAAAAAUUAUCCGGGCGGGUCAUUUGUCAGCGGUCGGUUCCCGACUCCGCCUUGCAUUGCAAAUGCAACGCAGAACUUGUAAGACUCCUACAGCCUACUUACUAAUGGAGCGGAUGAUAACUGCCCGUGCUGCGAGCGUCACCGGGCGCUCCUUCAAUUUUCUACUGCCAAAAAAUCCAUGCUCUAAUUCUAUAACUGCGUGGCUUUCUUAGAAGAACGAAACUGCAUCUAGUCGUAUGUACCGCCAUCGUCGAGAGACUUCAGCAGUUCCCAAGCGAAGAAUCUUGUCGAGAAAGCUUUGCCUGCCUUCAUCUGUUGCUUCCCCAGUGUGGUGACAAUAAGCAAGUUCAUGUUAUUUCUAUUUUCACCUAGCGCCUUCAGUUACCACCUUUGCUUGCCGGUUUAGUUUGUUCUAUCGUGGCAGUGUGUUGGGGGUCAGACUCCUGACAAUGUUUUCGCAUAUAUCCCCGAGGCUCUUCAAGAGGUCUUUCGGCUCCAAGCACCGAUUGUACGCGUGUCGAAGCCUUGUGGCCUGACGCCGUGUGACGGUGCGCCCUGAGGCGCGUUAUCUUAGGGUCUGUUCGACACUGGUAAAUUUAUGUUAGAGAAUAAGGUGUUCCGAUCCGUUUUGAGGAAUAAGCUUGUCAGCAUUACGGUGUGAAGCGGCGUCAAGCGCUUCUGCAGCUCUUAGUAUACAUGAUUGGCGGUUGUUACGAUGGCUUAAGUUUGCUACCAAUGCGCCUUUUUUGUAAUUUAUGAUUACGAAAUCUCGCUAGGUAAUCAAAAAAUGACCUUCGGUGCUCACAUUUGUGACGAGUUCUUAGAGCUUUCGUUCUAGCGCGUCUGCUUUUUGUAGUUUCUAAAGGAAUUGCUAACAUCCUGCGUAAAUCAUGCUUGUUGGUUAAGUGCAUAGGGGUGAAAAAUUCAGAGACACCUAGAGUUUCGUUGCAUCUAUUCAAGAUAUCAUGCGUAACGUAGCUUGGGCCCUUUGCCAAGUCUGUUCUAACUUUACUGGUGAUCCCCGGAAUAUAGUACCUACUCUACCGUUUGUCGCCGCUCUACCGUUUGUCACCCGCGUUGACAUUUUUUUUUCACAGUUCUUUUUGGCCUCUCGAGCGAUGACGCCGCUAAUCGUUACCCUUCUGUGAUAACUGGAUGUGAUACGUAUGUCUGGCUUACCUGUGAUGCCUUCAUCGCGAUGAUAUAAAUUCUCUGUGAUACCUUUAUGGUGGGGUCGCUGCCACGUUGUAGAGAACACGUGAAGGCUCUUUGUGCUGCUGAAAGCCGAGCGUUUCAUCGAACCGUAAGGCAUGGCUGUGCUGAAGGAACAGAUCGAGGUGUCUUAGGACUCUGCCACUGCCUCCGCGGAAUAUGCACUACGACGUUUUCAGCGUUGGUCUUUCGCCGUCGUUGUCUUGGGCUGCGGUGUAAUUUGGCUCUGCGCCUGAUGAGAGAUCACGUUGGACUGCGUCACAGAUCCGGCGAGGAAGAAUAGUGUGACGAAGGCUGUUUCUGCUGAAUGUGCUUGCGGUUUUGCGUUUCUGAAUAGGUAACGGGCAUGGACAGCGUGUUCCGGCCAUUGCUGUCAUGUGGGAAGUGACCUUCACGAUUGCGUUCAAGUGGGACGACGUCAAGAAUAUAGUGUCGGUUGCCCCACCUAUUCCUUCCUUCUUUUUACACAUUUUGUUCGUAGGUUUUUUUUUCGGCUGCCGGGUACAGUCUAGAAAAUGUUAGAUUAUGCAGAAUUUUCGGACACAGAUUGUUGCUCAGAGAGAACGCCUGGCAAUGUAAAGGGACUUGUUAGAUCUUGAAGACUUAUGAAAAGUGUUAAGUUUAGUGAAAUGUUUUUACCUUUAUUGCUGGCGAAUGUGUGUGUAUGACUUGUUUCUGUGGGGUAUGGCCUUUGUAUGUUUUAAAUAAAAGGGUAGUGCAAUAAUUAUCAA